GAAAGAGAGAGAGAGAGAGAGAGGAGAGCCUCUCAUUGAGCGGUGCCAUCGGAAUAACAGUUUCAUUCUCAUUCUCGUUUCCCUCUCUCUCUCUCUCAUUGGAUCCUCUCUUCUUCUUCUUUCUCUCCAUUUCCAAAUUUCACAUGCCAUCCAUCUUCUACACCGUUCUUGUUUCCAAGUAAUUUCCGUUUGGAUUUGAAAGAAGAAGAAGAAGAUGAGCGUGAUUUCACGUAACAUAUGGCCGGUCUGCGGAAGCCUCUGCUGCUUCUGCCCCGCGCUUCGAGAGCGAUCCAGACAUCCGAUUAAGCGUUACAAAAAAUUGCUCGCUGAUAUUUUUCCUCGCUCACCGGAUGAAGAACCGAAUGAGCGUAUGAUCGGCAAGUUAUGCGAAUAUGCCGCCAGGAAUCCUCUCCGCGUCCCUAAGAUAACCAGCUAUCUAGAGCAAAGGUGUUACAGGGAGUUGAGAACUGAAAACUACCAAUCUGUAAAGGUUGUUAUAUGUAUCUAUAGGAAGUUGUUGAUUUCUUGCAAAGACCAAAUGCCUUUGUUUGCGAGUAGCUUGCUUAGCAUCAUACAGAUUCUUCUUGAUCAAUCAAGGCAUGAUGAAGUGCAGAUUUUAGGAUGCCAAACUCUGUUUGACUUUGUGAACAAUCAGAGGGAUGGUACUUAUAUGUUCAAUUUAGAUGGAUUCAUUACAAAACUCUGCAAUCUAGCUCAAGAAAUGGGAGAUGAUGUCAAAAUACAACAUUUGCGUGCUGCUGGCCUUCAAGUUCUUUCAUCAAUGGUUUGGUUCAUGGGUGAAUUCACACAUAUCUCAGUUGAAUUUGACAAUGUUGUUUCAGUUGUUUUGGAAAAUUAUGGGGAUGUCAACCAAGAUUCUGAAAAUGCGAAUUCAAUGAGAGUUUAUUCUUGGAGAUCGAUAGUGAAUGACAAAGGAGAAGCUAAUGUGCCUAUGGAUGAUGCCACAAACCCUGGAUUUUGGUCACGGGUUUGCAUACAAAAUAUGGCGAAGUUAGCCAAGGAGGGUACAACAGUUAGACGUGUUCUGGAAUCCUUGUUCCGCUAUUUUGAUAAUGCCAAUCUCUGGUCUCCAGAACAUGGACUUGCUCUUUCUGUCCUGCUUAACAUGCAGUCUAUAAUUGAAAAUUCUGGACAGAAUACACACUUGUUACUCUCCAUUUUAGUCAAGCACCUUGAUCACAAGAAUGUCUUAAAGAAUCCUAAUAUGCAGCUUGACAUUGUUGGUGUUAUUACCCAUCUUGCUCAACAAACAAGAGUUCAACAAUCUGUGGCUAUAAUUGGUGCAUUGAGUGAUAUGAUGAGACACCUGCGGAAAAGCAUACAUUGCUCUAUUGAUGAUUCAAAUCUAGGGUCCGAAAUAAUACAAUGGAACCAAAAAUACCGACUGGAAGUAGAUGAAUGCCUUGUACAAUUAACAAUCAAGAUUGCAGAUGCAGGUCCUGUUAUUGAUACCAUGGCUGUGUUGUUGGAAAACAUGUCUAAUAUUACUGUUAUGGCCAGAACCUUGAUUGCUGCAGUCUACAGAACUGCUCAAAUAGUUGCUUCAAUACCAAAUUUGUCAUAUCAGAACAAGGCAUUCCCUGAGGCAUUAUUUCAUCAGUUACUCCUGGCAAUGGUCCAUGCAGACCAUGAAACCAGGGUGGGUGCACACCGCAUAUUUUCUGUUGUUCUUGUGCCAUCUUCAGUUUGUCCUCAACCUUCUUCUUCAGAUCCCCCCAUAACAAAGGCAGCUGAUAUUCAAAGAAUGCUCUCAAGAAAUGUCUCCGUGUUUUCUUCUUCCGCUGCACUCUUUGAGAAAUUGGAAAGGAAGCAAAAUUCCUUGCCAGAAGAUAAUAGUAAUACCGAUGGAAAGGUCAAUGAUAACACCAUUUUGAACCGAUUGAAGUCAACUUAUAGUCGGACUGCUAGUAAAAGAAAAUCUGGUAUUGGCAGUACUGAAUAUCUGGAAAACAGGAACUCAAAGAAUAGUAAUUCUUCUGUGAUGAAUAGAUUGAAGUCUAGUUACACCCGUGUUACUAGCGUGAGGAAGCCCCAAAUAACCACAACUGGGGAAGAAAAUAUUACAAAUACUUCCAAUACUACCGAUAAACAACAGGUAUUACCCAUUAGGCUAAGUAGUCAUCAGAUUACCCUUUUGCUAUCAUCAAUCUGGGCCCAGUCCAUCUAUCCUCUAAACACACCACAAAAUUUUGAAGCAAUUGCUCAUACCUACAGCCUUGUCUUGCUAGUUGCUCGGAGUAAGAAUUCCUCUGACGAAGCUCUAACUCAAAGUUUUCAGUUGGCUUUUUCCCUGAGGAGCAUUUCUCUCAAUGAAAACGUAAAACUGCAACCAUCACGCCGCAGAUCUCUCUUUACACUAGCAACAUCCAUGAUUAUCUUCGCAUCCAAGGCCUACAACGUCCUCUCUCUCAUUUCUAUUGCUAAAAUGGCAUUGGCAGAUAAAACAGCUGAUCCAUUCCUGCAACUGGUUAAUGAUAGCAAGUUACAAGCGGUGACUGAUACAGUUAGGCUGCCAAGUAAUGCUUAUGGAUCAAAAGAGGAUGAUGAAGAUGCUUUAAAGUCACUUUCAGCAGUAAAUUUAACUGAGAGUCAGUCUAAAGAAUCAUUUGCUACCAUGAUAGUGCAGAGUCUGGGAAAAUCGUCAAAAGAAUCAUCCAUGUUAAAAGAACAGCUGCUCAAUGAGUUUUCACCUGAUGAUGCCUGUCCGUUGGGAACCCAGUUAUCCGCUGAGACAACAGGAAAUAUGUACGAGUCCGGACUAAAAGAUGAUAAACUUCCUGAUAUGGUCGAUAUUUCAUUAUUUACUAUUGAUGAUGACAUUCCCGCUUCUGGUUUGGAGAGCCAAGAUAAUUCUGAUGCACAGCAACAGCCCUCACAAAAUCUAAGCCUGCUGAGUGUUGAUGACAUAUUGGGUUCAGUUUCGGAGACAACACAUCAAGUAGGAAGGAUUUCUAUUUCAACACCGUUUGACAUGCCUUACAAGGAAAUGGCUCUCCAUUGUGAGAAUCUCCUCGUGGGAAAGCAGCAGAAGUUGUCUACAUUCAUGGCUGCCAAUUCAAUACAAGGAUGUUCAUUUAGGAUUCCUCUCCCUGAAUACAACCAGGAAAAGGACGCUUCCUCAAAUUCCAAUGUUCAACUGACUUUACCUUCGAGUGGAAAUCCAUUCUUAGAUACAAACUUCGACUCUACUUCACACAACACAUUGCCUGGCACUGCUCCAAUGCUUUGUGCGACAGCAUACCAGCAGCAUCAGCCUGCCUUCUUUCAACUACCAGCAUCACGCCCUUAUGAUAAUUUCUUGAAAGCAGCUGGUUGUUGAUUCAUGGCCGAAAAAGAUGGUGAUUCCCAUAGUUGAGCUUCUUCAUAGAACUGUCCUCACAAUAGUUGAUAUAGAAGAUGCUCGGAAAAGUUGCACUAGCUGCUUUCUUGACCGUGAAUUGGCAACAAUUGUGAUGGUUGGAUCAGUGUGUUUUUCAGGGCCAACAAUUAUCAAUCAGAGUGUCCACUAAAUUAUAUCUUUUCAUUCAUUUGCUUCAUGCAAGGAGGUUUAUCUUUUAUUGACCUCCUUGCAGAAGUUUUAUAUGAGCAUAGGUUUCCGGUCUUGCAAAUGUGUUCGUCAUUAUUUUUCCCUUUUUCCUUUUUCUUUCCUUCCUUCAUUGUUCUUUAACUCCUCAUACUAUUUUUGGGGUGUGAGAAUUUUGUAAAGACAAUUCUUUUUGAUGGAGAUUCCAAUCUGCAAAUGGAUCAAACCAAACAACAUGGAAGGAUUGCUAUGACGUUUGAACUUGACCAUUCCAUGAAUCAGUUUUGAUCCUGGAAGGAAGCGUUGAGAUGAGAGGAUGUAAUGGUAUAGCAGUCUUGCUUUGGUUUACGUAGAGAACUUGAAUGGUAAAGUGAGUCAAACUACUUAUGUAAGAGAA